AUGGCCGGGCCAGGGUUUCUGGGCCACUCUGCUGGACCUCUUCUGCUGUUGCUGUUGGUGCUACCGCUGCAGCAGGCCCUGCCGGAAGGACCCCUGGUGUUUGUGGCUCUGGUGUUCCGCCAUGGCGACCGAGCCCCACUGGCCUCCUACCCCACAGACCCACACAAGGAGGCAGCUUCCACCCUGUGGCCACGCGGCCUGGGCCAGCUGACCAGGGAGGGUGUCCAGCAGCAGCUGGAGUUGGGCCGCUUCCUGAGGAGCCGCUAUGAGGAUUUUCUGAGUCCCCAGUAUCGGCGGGAGGAGGUGUAUAUUCGCAGCACAGACUUUGACCGGACACUGGAAAGCGCUCAAGCCAACCUUGCUGGGCUGUUCCCUGAGGCCGCCCCGGGGAGCCCAGAGGCUGACUGGAGGCCCAUCCCUGUGCACACAGUACCAGUCUCUGAGGACAAGUUGCUGAGGUUCCCCAUGCGCAGCUGUCCCCGCUACCAUGAACUGCUGCAGGAGACCACAGAGGCCGAAGAGUACCAGGAGGCCCUGGAGGGCUGGACGGACUUCCUGACUCGCCUGGAGAACUUCACUGGGCUGUUGCUGGUUGGAGAGCCGCUCCGCAGGGCAUGGAAGGUUCUGGACACACUGAUUUGCCAGCAAGCCCACGGCCUUCCCCUCCCAUCCUGGGCCUCCUCAGAUGUCCUGCAGACACUUGCCCAGAUCUCUGCUUUGGAUAUUGGGGCCCACGUGGGCCCACCUCGGGCAGCAGAGAAAGCCCAGCUGACAGGGGGGAUCCUCCUGGAUGCUAUCCUCUCCAACUUCUCCCGGGUCCAGCGCCUGGGGCUUCCUCUCAAGAUGGUCAUGUACUCAGCUCAUGACAGCACCCUGCUGGCCCUGCAGGGGGCCCUGGGCCUCUAUGAUGGGCACGCCCCACCAUAUGCUGCCUGCCUUGGCUUUGAGUUCCGGAGGCGCCUCGGAGAUCUGGAUGAAGAUGGAGGGAAUGUCACCAUCUCCCUCUUCUAUCGCAAUGACUCAGCCCAUCAGCCAUUGUCUCUCAGCCUACCUGGAUGCCCAGCCCCCUGCCCACUUGGUCAUUUCCACCAGUUAACAGCCCCAGUCCGGCCUCCAGUUCACGGGGUCCCCUGCCAUGGCCUCUAUGAGGCUGCCACCCCAUCAGCCCCUGUGGUGCCCCUGCUGGCCGGAGCUGUGGCUGUGCUGGCAGCUCUCUGCAUGGGACUGGGCCUGCUGGCAUGGAGACCAAGCUGCCUGCGGGCCUUGGGGGGUCCUGUGUGAGCCAGAAACUGCCCCCACAGCUGACAUUGGAUGCUAACAUGU